GUGAAACCACACGUGGGUCUCAGCACGGGGGAGAGCCAGCGCUGCACAGAGACAGAAAGCCGGAGGAGUGUGUGUGUGCAUGUGUAUGUUUGAGGAUACAAAACGUGGAUUUCAGAGCUGAUGGGAUGUGAGUGAGGACAAUCUCCAAUAUCAACCCGUCAGGAUCAGUUCCCCAAGAGAAAUGUAAUACUGGAGCGCAACUGUACCAGAGGACCAAACAAGUGCAGGACUCAUUGAGAUUCAUGCGUUUGGAACUUUAGAGCAAUUGCAAGAAGCAUUCGAGAGCCUUGUGGAGAGCGUUAGAAAUCAAGUUGAUGAUGUCUUUUGCGAUGGUGCGACCGGCUCCGAGCCGAUACGUGUAUUCUGACAUCUCAAUGAUGUCGGAGGAUGAUGAAAACGGCAGCGAGAGCUCAGGCUCGGAUGAUCGCUCAUUUCACCUGGACACUUCAGGGUAUGAUCUUAAAGUUGGAAGAAAGAGGAAAUCCAGUGUAGGGGGUGGCGGACGGCUGAUUGGUGUAACACCAACCAUUCCCACCGGGACAAUCGGCCAUGUGCCAGAGAUCCGUCAACGCAAUGCUGCCAAUGCACGAGAGCGGGAUCGCACCAACAGCGUCAACACGGCAUUCACAGCAUUGAGGACUCUCAUCCCUACAGAGCCUGCUGACCGGAAGCUGUCCAAGAUCGAGACCUUGCGGCUGGCGUCCAGUUACAUCUCUCAUCUGGGGAACGUGCUGCUGGUGGGUGAAGCUUGCGGAGAUGGACAGCCGUGCCACAGCGGAGGACCCUCCACCUCAAACUACUACCACCACCACGGCUCACCCAGCCGGGACUCGGAGAACUCGCAGCCCAAACAGAUCUGCACAUUCUGCCUCAGCAACCAGAGGAAAAUGAGCAAAGACAGAGAGAGGAAAUCCGCCCUGAGGAGUUAAACCACGACGUGAAGGGAUUUAAAACCCAUCAGCAUCACCAGUGUGUCCAGAAACUCUUGACUGCAGAUGCUGCGAUGUUGUGGUGUACAUAUGCACAUAUCGAUUCAUAUUUAAUUAUUUGUAAAUGGCCUUUGGACUGGAUUGUUUUUACUGGAGACGACAAAAAAAAACAACAAAAACACACAUGUACGACUGGAAAAAGACCAGACUGCAGCGACUUGAUUACGCAAGAGCUGAACAAGCGGACGAAAGUCACUUUUUCUGCGCAUACACACCAGAAUCUGUGCCCACAGGAUGAUCGGCGAAAGCUAUCGACCAAAGAAGAGGACUGCAUUCACACACAAAAACACAAAGAAUGAUGAUAUAUUCAAAACUGAUCAAAAAAAUGAGUGAAAAACUGAUAUGUGGCAUGUUUUUUUUCCAUUAAAGACCUGAAAGACACUUAGCCUGACUAUGAAAAUGCAGUAAAUUCCAUUAAUGCAGUAUACUGUAUGUCUAAUAUGGCAAAUUACAUAUAUUCUUCAUGGUUUAAAUUAAAAUGACUGAACAAAC